GUGCGCUCUGCUCUUCUAUCGAUUGUUUGUGUCUAGUCAAAGAUGGCGCCGUAACAGCCCAGGUUUGUUUUUCAUGGGUGCAAAGUAUGUUUAAGUGCAUUAACCGAACGGCCCAGUUUACGAGAUAUCUUCAGUCAGCAGGCUACGUUUUCUGUCUUAACCGACCUUUUAGACUGGUGUCAUCCUUGUCAGUCAGAAUGACCGACCCGGCUGUGAGGAGGGUGGUUAGUGAUGUUAUUCGCUCACCUGAGGAUAAGCGGGAGUACAGGGGCCUGGAGUUUAUCAAUGGCCUGAAGGCAGUGCUCAUCAGUGACCCGACCACAGACAAAUCUUCAGCUGCUUUGGAUGUCCACAUAGGUUCUCUGUCUGACCCACCAAACAUUUCAGGGCUGGCACACUUUUGUGAACACAUGCUGUUCCUGGGAACAGAGAAGUACCCCAAGGAGAACGAGUACAGCCAGUUCCUCAGUGAGCACGCAGGCAGCUCCAAUGCCUUCACCAGUGGAGAACAUACCAACUAUUAUUUUGAUGUUUCCCAUGAGCACUUGCAAGGAGCAUUAGAUAGGUUUGCCCAGUUCUUUCUGUGCCCAUUGUUUGACGAGAGCUGCAAGGACCGCGAGGUGAAUGCUGUGGACUCUGAGCAUGAGAAAAACCUGAUGAAUGAUGCCUGGAGGCUGUUUCAGUUGGAAAAGGCCACUGGCAACCCAAAACACCCUUUCAGUAAAUUUGGAACAGGAAAUAAAUUGACACUAGAGACCAGACCAUCUAAAGAGGGGGUUGAUGUCCGUCAGGAGCUUCUGAAAUUCCACUCUACAUAUUACUCUUCUAACCUCAUGGGACUGUGUGUGUUAGGAAGAGAAUCACUGGAUGACUUGACGGCCAUGGUGGUUAAAUUAUUUGGAGAAGUGGAAAACAAAAACGUGCCUGUUCCAGAAUUUCCCGAACACCCCUUCCAGGAACAACACCUUAAACAAUUCUACAAAGUGGUUCCCAUCAAAGACAUUAGAAAUCUUUAUGUGACUUUCCCCAUCCCAGAUCUACAGCAGUACUACAAAUCAAACCCAGGACAUUAUCUGGGACAUCUGAUUGGUCACGAAGGACCUGGAAGUUUGUUAUCUGAGCUGAAAUCUAAAGGCUGGGUGAACACACUUGUUGGAGGUCAAAAAGAGGGAGCCAGAGGAUUCAUGUUCUUCAUCAUCAAUGUGGACUUGACUGAGGAGGGCCUCUUGCACGUUGAGGACAUAAUCUUCCACAUGUUCCAGUACAUCCAGAAACUACGUACUGAAGGGCCUCAAGAGUGGGUGUUUGAGGAGUGCAAGGAUUUAAACAAUGUUGCCUUCAGGUUCAAAGACAAGGAGCGUCCCCGUGGCUACACUUCCAAAAUUGCAGGUUUACUACAUUACUACCCUCUCGAAGAAGUUCUAGCAGCAGAGUACCUCUUGGAAGAGUUCAGGCCAGAUCUGAUCGAGAUGGUGCUGGAUAAGCUGAGACCAGAACACGUCAGGUCACUCUACAGCCCGUUUGCGUACGUGGACCCAUUGCAUUGUAACAUGGCAUAUUUAUACCUGGAGCUCCUCAAGGACUCCCUCAACGAGUAUGCAUAUGCAGCCGAGCUAGCUGGCUUGAACUAUGACCUCCAAAAUACCGUCUAUGGGAUGUAUGUAAAUGUAACUCUCCCACGCCUUAAGGCCUUCAUACCUCAGCUGUUGUCACGGUUACAUAUGGAAGCACUUCUUCAUGGCAACAUCACCAAGGAGUCUGCUCUUGGCAUGAUGCAAAUGGUGGAGGACACGCUCAUUGAGCAUGCUCACACAAAGCCUCUCCUCCCGAGCCAGCUGAUUCGCUACAGAGAGGUGCAGGUUCCAGACGGUGGCUGGUAUGUUUACCAGCAAAGGAAUGAGGUACACAACAAUUGUGGCAUCGAAAUCUACUACCAAACAGACAUGCAGACCACCCACGACAACAUGCUGCUAGAGCUGUUCUGUCAGAUCAUCUCUGAGCCCUGCUUCAACACACUGAGAACCAAAGAACAGCUGGGCUACAUUGUCUUUAGCGGGCCACGGCGGGCUAAUGGAGUGCAAGGACUGCGUUUCAUCAUCCAGUCAGAGAAGGCGCCCCACUACCUGGAGAGCCGAGUGGAAGCUUUCCUGUGUACUAUGGAGAAAGCUGUGGAGGAGAUGAGCGAGGAAGCCUUCCAGAAACACAUCCAAGCCCUGGCCAUCCGCCGCCUGGACAAACCGAAGAAGCUGUCUGCUGAGUGUGCUAAAUACUGGGGAGAGAUCAUCUCUCAGCAGUACAAUUUUGAUAGAGACAACAUUGAAGUGGCGUACCUGAAGACGUUGACAAAAGAAAACGUAAUGGAGUUUUACAGAGAGCGACUGACGGUCGAAGCCCCAAAGAGACACAAAGUGUCGGUGCACGUGCUGUCCAGGGAGAUGGACACCUGUCCAGUAGUGGGAGAGUUCCCCGCUCAGAAUGAUGUCAACCUGGCUCCUGCUCCUUCCCUGCCACAGCCCACAGUGAUUCAGGACAUGACGGAGUUCAAGAGGAGUCUGCCUCUGUUCCCUCUGGUCAAACCUCACAUCAACUUCAUGGCAGCCAAACUGUGAGCAAGGCCGGCAGGUCGACACAGCAGGGAGGCACGGAGGGCGGCCCUGCUCUGUUUCACAUCUAACCACUUCACCUCCUCCUGCCACUAGGAAGACCUUCAUCUGACGGAGCCUGCAUGAGUGUGUGUUUGUUUGCGUGGAUGCAUGUUGACUGCGGGUGUGUGCACGUGUAGCAGGGAGGAGCCACUCAAAGAGGAAACAAAAAAAUCACAAAGUUGUUG